AUGGCGGGUUACAUGUCUUGUAAUCACCACCAUUUGCCAGAUGUAUCAACAAAGGAAUACAAAGGCUUCUCAGCGCUUAUGGAAGCAUUUAGUGAUACUCGCGAUUUUGUACUACCGAACGAUGGCAGGGAGAUAAUUGAUAUCAAUAAGACCUUCUUUUGGCCCGCAAAUGACGGAAUACGAAGAGGGGAAGUCUUUAUGGUUAGACUCCUUAUCCACCAUCUCUUCAUGGCUCCUCGCGUCGCGGGGGUCUACAGACUUGGCCUGGACAGGGUGGUGAGAGAAGGAAUGAUAAACAUCGUGGACUCCCUAUUGGACAACGGGAACCAAUGCGUGCCGGCAUUCAUCGAGAUGGACGUAUAUUUGAUUAUCGCCAUCCCGAUGAUUGUUGUAGAAGAUGCCGACCGAGAAAACGAUAAUGAGGAACCUCAAGUACUGGUGGUACCUGAACCACAAGCAGGGGCAGCGAUUCCCGCAGUAGCAGAACCGCCACAAGCACCAGAAAUACGUCAAGUACCAGGAGUGGCAGUGCCAGUCCGUAGGCCCCGCUAUCGAUUCUUUGGCUCGGCGAGCAGUUCAAGAGCAUCAUCUUCCCAGGCGUCUCCUAGGGGUUCAGAUGAUCAAUCUGGUUCUGAUAUGGAUGACACUGGCUUGGCAAACAUACAACGGAACAUUGCAAGCGUGGAACAAUCAUUCCAGGCUCAACGAAAUGAUACGAUCAUUGAUAUGGAGACGGAUGACGAACCACCCAUGAGCAGAAUUAGAUCAGCAGGGAGGCGCCUGUUAAGACGGAGCUCUCCAGCAAGACAAGACAACAAAAGUCCACCGGAUCCUCCAGCUCAAAAAAAAUCAACUUUCAAGAAGGUGAAGAAUUUCAUGGGAUUGAGUAAGCGUCGUCGACAGGGAGAUAAAAAAGAUGAUGAACAGGGGCUUAUUGCUGGUCCUUCUUCCCAGCCGGAUGACCAGCAAUCAUCCCACACUGAUUCAUCGGAUGAACCGCAGGGUGCCUCCUGUGUGGAAACUCCUAAAUCCAAAAAAAUGCGAGCCGCAAUUCAACUAGCAGGUCCGGUGGCUUUGAAAUCGGCUGAUUUUCAAAUCUGCAUCACAGUGAUAGAAGCGCGUCAGCUUACUGGUCUCAACAUGGACCCAGUCGUCUGCAUCCAAGUUGGAGAUCAGCGUAAAUUCACCAGCGUUAAAGAGAGCACUAACUGCCCAUAUUAUAAUGAGUACUUCGUCUUCGAUUUCAACAUGCCACCGAUUAUGCUCUUGGACAAGAUUAUUACACUUUCGGUGUUUCAUGCUCGGCAUUUCUUGCGAGCCAACAAACUUUUGGGAAAUUUUAAGCUGGACGUCGCAACAGUAUGGAAUCAAACAGACCGACAGUUCUAUCACAAGUGGGCUCUCCUCACGGAUCCUGAGGAUAUGACAGCUGGUCCUAAGGGUUACCUAAAAUGUGACAUUAGUGUCAUUAGUAAGGGCGAUCAACUGAAAAUCCCACCGAAAAGCGAAAGAGAUGAAGACGAUAUUGAAGCAAAUAUACUGCUUCCGGAUGGUGUACCAAUAGAUCGACAACGUGCCAGAUUCAUUGUGACAAUACAUAAAGCGGAUGGUCUUCCAAAAAUGGACACUUCAAUUUUGGCUAACAUAAAAAGUGCAAUAACUGGUGAAAGUAAUGACAUUAUAGAUCCUUAUGUGCAAGUAUGCUUCGCUGGGAUGACGGGAAGGACGUCAGUGCAAAAGAAUUGCUGCAGCCCUGCGUGGAAUGAGGAAAUCAUAUUUACCGAAAUGUUUCCGCCCCUUUGUCAGCGGAUCAUGAUUCAGUUGAGAGACAACGCACCACUACACCCGAGCGUUAUUGCUACACACUUUAUUGACCUAACAAAUAUAUCUAACGAUGGCGAGAAAGGUUUUUUACCAACAUUCGGCCCUGCAUACAUCUAUAUGUAUGGUUCUACCCGAAAUUGUGCUUUACUGGACCAAUCUGCCAACCUCAACAAAGGAAUGGGGGAAGGAGUUUCAUAUCGAGCAAGGAUGUUGAUCUCGAUACGCACAGAAAUAAUUGAUAGUUUUGACAUGCCUUUAUCGGUAGUUGAAGUUGAACAAGUGCAACCCAUCAACGAGCUCUCAUUCGAGAAGCAUGAGGAGUUUUUCUUGUUUGCGAGUAUAUUUGACGUCAACAUGAUUGAUAAAAGCUUCUCUGAUAAGUCCAUAAGUUUUGAGCUGAGUAUUGGCAACGCUGGCAACUCUUUAGAUGGACCUUACACGUCGAUGAGGUGUCCUCAAGACUUGGAGUGCUUGGAUGAUCUAUAUGCUGAUACAGGAUAUUGGAAAAGUAUAACACCAGAAACUAAGCCAUCCACAAGCGAUAAACAUUAUUAUUACAUGCCCUACUGGGAAACCAAGCCUUGUUUGCAUGUCCGCAGUAUUUGGCCGGACCAUAGACGUCGAUUAUACAACUCUAACAUGCUUUAUUACAUAAGUGAAAUUUUGGAGGAAGGCAUUAAUGAUGCUGACCAAACAUUAAAACAAAAUGGAAGUCUCGACAACACCUCACUGGCAGCUCUAAAAUCUGUUAUGGAAGUCGUAUCGCAACAUUGCAAGAGAUAUGUUGAAUUCAUGAAGAAUGCUCCACCCACCGGGAAGACCAGACUUGACCGCGAAAGGCUCAAGCAUUGCUUACAUGAAAUUGAACUACUGGCAACUCAAACUCGAACGCUUAAGGCUGUUAUAACCAAAAGUUCAGUGAAAGAUCGCAUAAAAACAGCAGUUUCGUAUUUGGAUCGAAUGAAAGCCUUGUGCGAGGAUCCACAGCACGCAAUGCCUGAUAUAUUUAUCUGGAUGAUAAGCAAUGGGAAACGGGUUGCAUAUCAACGUCUAACUGCCCGGGAUUUGAUUUAUUCCGAUCGAUCAGACGAGAUCGGAAAACUCUGUGGCAAAAUGCAAACUUUAUUUCUAAAGUGGCCAGGAAAGAAGGCUACCACGCCAAGUGGUUGGACAGUACCUGCUAAACUUGAUAUAUACCUUUGGCUGGGCGUGGUGCAAGAUAAAAGACAUUUUUUUAAGGGUAUACCCGCUGGGUAUGAUAUGCGGAAUGACAUUAUGUGUGCAGACAAGCUGCGCGUAAAUCCCCCAUCGCUUAUACACUACCGUGAAAAACAUAAAUUUCAAAUGAGAGCAUAUAUAUAUCAAGCAAGAUCGCUGAUUGGAUCUGAUUCCUCAGGACUAUCAGAUCCGUUUGCUAGAGUUGCCAUUAGCGACUGUUCCGCGUCAACAGAAGUGAUAGACGAGACUCUAAGCCCGACUUGGGAUGAAUUAUUAGUUAUUGAAGAUGUUCUUCUUUACAGUACAAUAGAGCAAAUAAAAAACAAUCCUCCAGUAGUAUCCAUAGAAAUUUUUGAUCAAGAUAAGGUUGGCAAGUCGGAGUUCAUUGGUCGCGCAUUAGCAAGACCCCACAUUAAUUCCCUAAAUGACGAAUAUGCAAAGCCAGACUUUCCACCUUCUCUGGAAUGGUUUAGCAUAUAUCGUGGUGAUGAACCCGCGGGAGAACUCUUAGCAACGUUUGAACUUAUCGAGAUACCACUUAAACAAGGCGAACCAAACCUGCCAGCGCUUCCAGAUGCUAGAGAACCAAAUGGAAAGCCACAAGUUGAUCCUAAAAAAGGCCCCAUAUUACCUGUGCCAGUGGGUAUACGUCCAACUUUAUCAAAGUACCGAAUUGAAGUGCUGUUCUGGGGCUUGAGAAAUUUGAAACGUAUUCAUUUUCUUUCUGUUGAUAAGCCGAGGGUAGAUAUAGAAUGUGCCGGCCAUAUUAUAUAUUCUUCCAUCAUACAAAAUGCAAAGCGCAAUCCCAACUUUUCUAACCCUGUAAAGUAUAUAGACGUUGAAUUACCUGAUCAAGAUCUUUAUAGACCACCUUUAACUAUUAGAGUUCUAGAUUGCCGAAGCUUUGGUAGAGUUACUCUAGUUGGUACUCAUACUAUCAACUCUAUACACAAGUAUAUGUACACCCCCCAGACCAAACGAGACCGUGAAAUUGAAAAUCGCAAAAAACCAUUAAUCAAUUUAGAAAAUAUCGAUUUACAAACAAACCGCGUCGUGCAGGAUGACAUUGUUUAUUGCAGUAAUAAUGAGCAGGAAAGCCGUCCACUGCUUUUAGAUGAUAUUCAAGAUAGUGCCUACUAUGGAACUGGGGCUAUACCUAAGCGCAAAUUACCAGGCCAGACUAAAAGAGACAUCAGAAGAAGAAGGCGAUCUAGUACACAGUCGAGUAUGAAUGAUGAUGAGACAAGCAAGGAUUGGUGGUCGAAAUAUUUCGCAUCUAUGGAGAAAAUGAUUGAAGAGGAAAAGGAAAAUAAAAAGGAGAGACACAGCUCACCACAGCCCACUUCGUUUAAUAUUAUAGAUGAAACUACUAUUCAAAGAGAUGACGCUCAGACUUCCCAAUCGAAUAGGACUAGGCGAAGAACAACAAUUUCACCAAAGAUAAAACUUAAUACAAUAGUUACAGUUAAAGAUGCAAUUCCAGCGUCUACAUUGGUGAAGGUCCAUCCUCAUGAAUUAGAAGCUGUACCUGAGUAUGAAGAAUUCAAAGAUUGGCUUCAUUCGUUCGAUUUGUACCGAGGUAAAAAAACUGGUGAUGAUUCUGAGGACGAAAACCGCAUCGUUGGAACUUUCAAGGGUGCCUUAAAAGUUUAUAAAUGGCCACUAUCUAAUGAUCUCGAUUAUCAAUCAACAUUGGGAUUUGACCCAAGCAAUGGAUUCUUUCAAGGAGUUCCAAGUAACGAACCAAUUCGUGUACUUGUUAGAAUAUAUAUAGUGAAAGCUAUGGACUUACACCCUAUGGAUUAUAAUGGGAAGGCCGACCCUUAUAUUGUUUUACAUCUUGGAUCACGCAGAUUAAGUGAUAAAGAGCAUUAUCAGUCAAAACAACUAAAUCCAGUGUUUGGCAGAUGUUUCGAAACAGAAGCUACAUUUCCACAUGAUUCAAUGCUCACAAUAAGGAUUCUCGACUGGGAUUUGAUUGGAAAAGAUGAUUUAAUUGGUGAAACUAAAAUCGAUUUAGAAAAUAGAUUUUAUAGCCGACAUCGAGCUACAUGUGGAUUACCAAUCAAGUAUGAUGAGGAAGGAUUUAAUCGAUGGCGGGACGCAAUGAAACCAACACAAAUCUUGGCUAAGCUUUGUAAAGAUGCUAAAUUAGAUGCACCACAUUAUGAGUAUGGUUAUGUUAAGAUCGGACGAACAAAUUUUAACAUGAGCAUGGAAGAUGAACUAUUUCAGAAUUGUUGUGCGGUUCAGGAACAAAUGGCACUAAAUGUGCUGCGUCGUUGGUAUGAGAUCCCAAUAGCAGGAACCCAUCUUGUUUUGGACCACAUAGAAACCCGGCCUCUGUAUAAUUCUAAUAAGCCUGGAAUUGAACAGGGGCGUCUACAAAUGUGGAUAGAUAUGUUUCCAAUGGAUAUGCCUCUUCCUAGAUCGGCAGUUGAUAUAUCACCACGAGUACCACAGUCGUUUGAAUUGCGGGUUAUAAUAUGGAAUACUGACGAGGUGGUUCUUGAAGACGAUGAAUUUUUUUCGGGUGAAAAAAUGUCAGACAUCUAUGUGAAAGGAUGGGUCAAAGGCACGGAUGAUUGUCAGUGUACUGACAUACACUACCGAUCAUUGACUGGUGAGGGAAAUUUUAACUGGCGGUUUAUUUAUCCCUUUGAAUAUUUGGAGGCUGAAGAGAAAAUUGUUAGCUCCCGAAAGGAAUCCGUAUUUUCUUGGGAUGAAACAGAAUGCAAAAUACCCGCACGUCUCGAAUUGCAAGUUUGGGACGCUGAUCAUUUUUCUUCCGAUGAUUUCUUAGGCGCACUAACAUUAGACUUAAAUCGAUUCCCUCGAGGGGCUAAGACGUCCAAGCUUUGCACAUUGGAAAUGUUAAAAAGUGAUGGUUCUGUGCCGAUGGUGAAUAUAUUUAAACAAAAACGCAUAAAAGGCUGGUGGCCAUUUUAUACUAAACUUGAUAAUGAAGAAAUGGAACUAACUGGCAAAGUAGAGGCAGAGAUACAUCUACUGACACGUGAAGAAGCAGACCAAAUGCCAGCUGGACUAGGAAGAAGCGAACCAGAACCCCUGGAUAAACCAAACCGACCAGACUCGUCAUUCAUAUGGUUCUUGAACCCACUAAAGUCUUUGAGGUACAUUCUAUGGCACAACUACAAGUGGACCAUUAUUAGAACCUUGGGCGUUAUUGGGUUAGCCUUGAUCAUUUUUAUUUUUAUAUAUGCAGUACCAGGCUACCUUGCUAAGAAACUGUUGGGAGCUUGA